CUUCCGUCGAUUGAACAUCGCUAAGGAAUCAAGUUGAAGAGAGAAGAUUUUUUUCUGAGUGCAAGUGCUUGGGAAAGAGCUACGGUGUUGAAAAAUUAAGAACUUUGAGAUCAGUUACGAUCGAGCGGUGAUCAGUGCAAGAACUUGGUGAAUUGAGAGUGAUCAAUGGCAGCAGCAGUGAGAAGCAUGGCGCUCGGACAAAACAUCCACAACAUUCUGCCGAGCAACUCGAUCCUGGUGUACCAGAAGCCGACCAUGGGUCAUCCCGGCAAGCGCCCGAUCGCGCCGGCACCGAUGAUGGUGUCCGGACUUCCUCAACCCGCCGGUCUCAAGUGCAAACCGUCAAAGAAGUUUGCCGGAUAUUGUGGCCUGCCGUACGCUCCGACUCCUCAGCAAACGGUGUCAGUUCAGCGUCGGAAUGCCCGUGAGCGUAACCGCGUCAAGCAGGUCAACAAUGGAUUCGCGAACCUCCGUCAGCACAUCCCGGCUCCGGUCGUGCAGGCGCACUCCAGUGGAGGUCGUGGUGCCAGCAAGAAGCUCAGCAAGGUAGACACUCUCCGUGUGGCGGUCGAGUACAUCCGCAGUCUGCAGAAGAUGCUCGACGAGAAUAGUGAAAACAAUCAUAGCCAGAAGAGCCUCAGCCAGAUGUCUAGCAGCAGUUCAUACUACGGAACCAUGUCGGAACCCUCAACCGCUUCUUCACCUGCCCCGUCCUCUAUCAACGAGUACCCCACGAUGGGUGGAACCACCUUCAAGCACGAACCGUACGAGAUCUACGUGGACCCAUCGACCUCCCCAGCCCACUCCUACACCUCGGAGACCACCACGAUCCAGCAGCACCUCCCGGGACACCACCAGAUCAUGGUCCCCGGCAUGACCGCCCUCAGCCCCAGCGGCAACAACAACUACCUCGCGCAUCACCACAUCGACGCCAACCACCACCAAGUCAUGUACAAGUCGGAAAUCUACCAGGACGGCUACGACUCUGCCGAGAUGAGCCCCCAAAAUCCCGAGGACGAAGAACUCCUGGACGCCAUCACCAGCUGGCAGGAGGAACAGCAGCAGCACCAACACCAACAGCAAACCUUCCUGUACUGAACAACUCGCGGAAGUCGUGCUGGUCAACAAUCCUGAGAAUUCACCCGAGUUCGGCGCAACCUCCAAGAUCGGCCCUGAAAAGCAGAUCAACAGUGGAGAGUGGAAGUCCGGAACCCGGGCACAAGUAGUCAUCGCGAGUCCUAAACUAAAACUGCCAGUUUUUGAGGCGUUAGCGUUUCAUCAACCACAGCCAAGAAAUCUAGUCACAAAUUAGAGUAUAGUGGUCGGCGAAGUUUAAGUCAAUCUAGAGCAGGAGUUGGAGAUAAUUGUACAGAUGUAAAUCAAUCGCGCUCGAUUCCUAACCUGUAAUUACCUUGCGCUAUGUCGAGUUUAAGAGUUAGAGUUAGAAUGAUUAAUGAGUUCGAGCAACGUUUUCGAUUGUUUAUAAAGAGCUUGUUUUUUUAGGCGACAACCCAAACCAGUGACAGUAUAUCCUACGUUAAGUUUCCUAGUUUUCUCCAAGUUAGGUUACGUUUAAGAACUAUUUAAGAGUCAAAGUCAAUAAAAGUAAACCAUAAAAU